AUGCCGGCCGGCUUGCCAAUAGACCAUUCGAAGCCUCUAAGUGGGACAAUGGCUCCGUAUGCUGAGCAGGUGCUGGUCUGUACAGGAAAUGAUGACUGGUUAAGCAAUAUUGAGGAUGAGAACUCGGGGGACAACCUAGCUGCGGACAUAAAAGAGUUGAUGGGACGGGGAGGAACAUACUCUGAUCCGUACCAUAAAGUCUUGAUAACCAACACCUCCCUUCCCUCCUCAAUCCCGUCUCGCUCCGAAGUCCAGACUACAUCCGCGUUAACGAGGGCUGAGGACCGAGGAUUUCUGUACGGUGUGCAGGACGUCAAGGGUGUUAUGGUGUUGAUUUGUGGGCAUGGAGGAAGGGAUAUGAGAUGUGGUGUUCUAGGUCCCGUGCUGAGAGAGGAAUUCGAGAGGCGCCUCGAUGAAGAGGAUUUCCAUGUGCUGAAAGGGCCAGUGGACCUCGGAGAUGAGCAAAAGAGAGAGACGAUUGAGGCUGAAGGGAAUAUUUCUGGAACUUCUGCAAGGGUGGGCUUGAUAAGCCACAUUGGGGGACACAAGUUCGCUGGGAAUGUGAUUUUGUAUCUUCCGCCUGGCUUGAAGAAAAGAGAUGGGAAGCCGAAUGAAUUGGCGGGAUGUGGAAUUUGGUAUGGGAGGGUGGAGCCCAAGCAUGUUGAAGGGAUUGUGCGGAAGACGGUGCUAGGUGGGAAGGUCAUUGAGGAUUUGUUCCGUGGGGGGAUACGGCAGGGAGGAGAGAUCCUGAGGCUAUGA